GGGCACCGCGCGUGCGCACUCGUGGCGGCGCCCCGACUGGAGCUAUGGCGGCGGCAGCGCUGGGCUGUCGCGGCGCGCUGCGGCUGAAAUGGCUCCUCUCGCCGCUGAAGCCGGGCUUCCACGUACCCCGAGCUAGGCCCGCGGCCGCCUUCCGCACCACUGUGACCUCUGCCAAAGUUGCUGUGAAUGGCGUUCACCUUCAUUAUCAGCUGACAGGAGAGGGUGCUCAUGCAGUCCUGCUGCUUCCUGGGAUGCUUGGAAGCGGAGGGACUGAUUUUGCACCCCAGCUUAGCAGCCUGAAUAAGAAGCUCUUCACAGUAAUUGCCUGGGAUCCUCGAGGCUAUGGACACUCUAGACCUCCAGAUCGAGACUUCCCACUGGACUUUUUUGAAAGAGAUGCAAAAGAUGCAGUUGACUUGAUGAAGGCACUGCAAUUUGAGCAAGUUUCCCUGCUGGGCUGGAGUGAUGGUGGCAUAACCGCACUCAUUGCUGCUGCAAAGUACCCAUCUUACAUCAGCAAGAUGGUGAUUUGGGGAGCAAAUGCCUAUGUCACUGAUGAAGAUGAAAGGAUUUAUCAGGGUAUCCGAGAUGUUUCUAAAUGGAGUGAGAAAGCAAGGAAGCCCCUGGAAGUCCUGUAUGGGUAUGACUACCUAGCCAGUACCUGCGAAAAAUGGGUGGAUGGCAUAUCACAGUUUAAACAUCUGCCAGAUGGUAAUAUCUGCCGGCACUUGCUGCCCCUGGUUCAGUGCCCCACCCUAAUUGUGCAUGGCGAGAAGGACCCUCUGGUUCCACGUUUUCAUGCCGACUUCAUACAUGAGCAUGUGAAAAGGUCAAGAUUGCAUCUAAUGCCAGAAGGCAAACACAACCUGCACUUACGUUUUGCGAAAGAAUUCAACAUGUUAGUGGAAGACUUUCUACAAUGAAACUCUAUCUGAGGACUUUUGUGGACUAGAGGUUCUGUGAUGAGGGCCUUGAUCAUGUGACUCCAUCACCAAGAUACCUCAGCACUGCCCUCUGUCCUCCCAUCAUGCCUCAGUUCCCAAGAGUCCUGUCCUCCCUACAAUGUGAUCAAAUCAGGUGGGCUGCGUGACAUACGGAAAAACCUCAAGUUUUAAUGGCUCCAAAAUGAAGACUGAUUUCUUUAACAUU